AUGGAUGUUACACUGCAAGUUGAAAAGGAAUAUCUUUCUCCUGUCUGUUCUGAGAUCAAGGCUAAUAGUGAUGCACUAAAUGCCUAUGUUGUGUCAAGAAUGAGAAACUUUAGGCAGACCUUGCUACAGAAAACAAUCUUAUGGACAAACUUGCCCAAAAGACUGAAACAAGAAUUAUCUGAAGGUGAAAAGCUGAUAGGAAAGAAGCGUGAUGUUGAACUUGAAAAUCUCUUGAGAGUUCGCAAAGAGUUAGAAGCGAAAGUCACUCUUGCAACUCAAAAGUCCCACUUUACCCCAUGGACUCUUGAAAGGAUUCAGAAGGAGGCGACUGAUGAACCAAGCACAAAUUGGUUAGAGCCUUCGGUUUUCUAUGAGUUAGACAACAUUGCAGAAUCACAACCUGACUUCCCAAUUACUCCUAGGGCAUUUUUAUUCAAGUGUUUUGAGAAGAUUUCAAAAGCUCAUCUUUCGGAUUCUGAUGUUAAUCAAACAUUAUUAUCUUUUUAUCUCAAAUAUGGAAAGCCCCAAUUUCAAACUUGGUGUUUACAAAAGAUCAUCGCAGUAAGGGUUUAUGCUUCCAUUUCAACCGAAAUCUUAAUCAACAUCAAAUUUAAGGGAUUCAAGGGAGCCAAUCGCACUGAAAUGGAAUUUACUCUUGCUAAUCUUCCUUGCAUGAAUCCUUAUGAUUGGAUUUCCCUGUUCCUAAUUUUAUCCAAAUACGAACAAAAGUAG